AUCCCACCAGUUCUUUGUCGCUGGCAGACGGUGUUUGUGGCACAAGUUCCAAUGAAUCAUCAGAGCAAUGGUGUUAUACCUCUGCUUGUAGUCUGUCUGUGCAAUCUUCUUGCAGCAAUGGCCAAUAAAGCAAGACCUUGCCCAUGCAACCUUGGAGACAGGUUUGACUAUGAAGGGCGGGGACAUGAAUUUUCUGUCGGACACAUCAGUGCUUACGUGAUCAAGCCUCCUCACCCUACCGACAAAGCUGUCAUAGUGGUACACGACGUUUUUGGGUGGCAGCUACCAAAUACCAGAUAUAUAGCAGACAUGCUUGCAUCUAAGGGAUAUAUAGCAAUUAUCCCAGAUUUCUUUAAAGGGCAAGAACCUUGGAAACUAUCGAAUGACAGGGCUACAUAUGGUGAUUGGCUAAAAACACGAGAUUCCAAAAAUACCAGCAGGAUGUCCCCGGGCAACAUUAGCCCUCAAGAUAGGCCUUUCAUCGAAGAAGCAAGGAAGGACAUGCUUAAUUGGCUGAAAAAAUACAUCUGACAGUCUGUUAUAUGUUAUAUGUUAAUACCAACAACCAUUAAGAAAUUAGUUCUCCAGACACAUUUUUCUAAUUUCUUUAAUGAACAAUUGUGUUAUAGUUCAACCUGUGAUUGUGUCUGAUGUAAAUGAGGAUGAAAGGUUUUCUGAGCCUGUAUUUGGUGUCAAUGAGAAUUAGGGUUUUUCUGGGACUGAGUCAAGCCCAGGCCUUGCUAAGAGGCCCAAGGUUUCUCAUGAACAGAGUGCUUCUCCUGCAGAUUCAUAAGGUUAAAUUCCUGGGAGAGGCCCACAGCAGUCUUUCUCUGAGAAACUGUCUUCUGAGGAUGAUUUGUCAGGUGUAGAAUUUAAUUAGUGUAAAGAUAGAAAACAAGACUUUGGUAAACUGAGACAGACAAAAAUAUUCCUGGAAAAGAAAGAUAAAUUCUUAUCUGAUUGUAAGAGCAGUGGAAUGCUUUCCUUUUGAUUCUUGGGACAGGAAAAGCUUUAUAUUGAAACAAGGGAAGGGUUUUGGCUCACUCUCAUCAACGUUCAUGAUCAUCUUUCUUCAAGUGGAUUUCUAGUUUUAUGUUUCACGUUUUGCCAGGUUCCUGUUUCAUCUAUUUGAUUUCCAUGCUGUCUUGUUCUCUGGAUUUUGCAUGCUUGGAUCUUGUGUUUUUACCUUUGUACCUUGAAGUUCAUGAACUAUCUCUUAUCCUUGGAUUAUACUAUUUUGGAUUAUACUGUUUUUACCUUUUUUCUGCUUUGCUUACAUA